GGGCGCAAGGGAAAAAGCAAGUUCCAAACAACCUUCGGGGGGUGCCGUGAGGUGUCGGGGAAAAGGGGCAGCAGCAUAAUAGUAUCUUUAGUCUUAGUAAAUAACUGCCUCUAAACAUACAGUUAAAUAAAUGAAUAUUUACUUCAAGGGUGUCACAGUCUCUGUCUGUGUCUAUGUGUUUGUCUCUGUGUGUGUCUUUGGGAGAGUGGGCGUGGGUUGGGCGUAGGCUUGGCUCCAACUCUCAGCCUGGCACCGAUGAUCCCAGCACCCUAAUCACUCACCUGCCUGCCAUCAACUCAUCACCUACAGCCUACAAAUGUUUGGACUUCAGUCGGCGCAAUCGCUAGAUCGUUCACCAUGUAGUAACACUUCUAGCCAGUUUGUCCUAGAAUUCUAGCAUUAUUUUUUAUAAUCUUGCUGAUCUGCUAUUUGUGUUUUUUUUGCUCCUCAUCUUACCCCUAGUGAUGGGUUGAUGAGGCGUCAUGAAGCGUUUCGACACAUUGCAAAACUGUUUUGAUACUGUGUCGAUACUGUGUCACUAAAUACUGACAUCUGCUGGACAUUAAAAAUCCCUACAGGCAACCUAUGGACCGACUCAACUGACACUGAUUUUAUGACCUAGUAUAUACAAUAAUAUAAACCAAGUCAUUGUAUUUCAUUUUUUAGGAUUAUUUCAUAUCUUCAUUUCAAUAAAAACAUAUUUUUUUCUUUUUUAGAUACAGUCAAUAAAUAAUGUGAACAUGUAUCAUAACAUGGAAAUCUAAGAGAACGUGUUGUGAAUGAGGAUGCUUGUGGACUGGGAAUUUUUUAUUUAUUUAUUUUUUACACAUUUUUAUUAAAAAAAAAAAGUUUUUCCAACGUAUUAAAUUUUAGACGAUUUCUGUUCUUAGUUAUUAUUUGUCCGUCUGUAGAAAAGACCCGCUCACAGGGCACAGAGGAGGCAUCGGUGUGACACAGUUCGCGUAUCGAUCACGUGACCGAAACAGCUCAUGAUCGGUCACGUGACUUUCUAAAAGCGGUACGUGCACCGACACAGGGUUUUGCUCUAUGAGCUCGACGCAUGCGCCGAUGCAUCGGUGUUGCCGAACCCAUCACUACUUACCCCUGUUUUCCUCUGCCUUUAGUUCCCUACCUGCAGUGUGUGCCUGCUAGCCUCAGCCUGCUAGCCUCAGUCUGCUCUCCUGGACCGCAAAGCCAAGGACUACAAGCUCCCUCCUUUCCCUCUGUUUUUUUAAUAAUAACCCUUGAACUUUAAUUCUGCCUGUCUUUUCUGCAUUUGGGUCCACCAGUUUUACCAACCGUGACAAAGGGGACGUGAAACAACUUUGUCUCCUAGAAAAUCAAACUGUGAGCAAGUUCCAAACAGCCCGUUUUAUUGCAUUGCUUCUUAGGCUAUGUCUACACUAAGUCGUUUAACCCCUUAAAGUAAUAAUUAUUUAGCCUAAGCCCCGCUUCAACCACACUAAACUAUCGUUUAAGGUCCCCCUCAGAUAAUUUUUUACACGGGUAAGUGCGCCGUGUUGGAGCCAGUUGGAGCAUAUCUAUAUUAUUUAUUUAUUAAUUGUUUGACAAUGAAAUCAAAUAUUGUCAAUAAUGAUGUUAAUGAAUUAUUGGAUGUUUUAGAUUUCAUUGUGAUUGACUGAUUGUUUUCAGCUGCUCACGCUCCUACGGGUGAGCCACUUCCUCCUCCUAUAAUUAAGAAGACAGGACAGCUGGGUGCCCUUUGUCUUUCUAUCAUGUUGAAGGAGUGAGGAGUGAAACAUUUUGUUUACCGCUAAAAAGGCCAAGGAAGCCACACUAAAACAAGUUACUUUGAAGCCAGGCUAAAUAAGUUAUUUUGAUUAUGUUGAAAGUCAACCACGGAGAAUAUUUUUUGUUUGUGAAAAUAAAUUAUGAUCAUUUGGAAUCUAGAAAUAUCUCCGCGAGUGCUUAUUAAGGAAUUUAGUGAGUCAAACACCUCCUCCUUAAGACUACUCUGCAUUACUUUAUUUUUAUUUUUUCGAAACUUUUUGGGAACGCAAGAGUAGCCGCUACAGCGCCGUGUAUUUCUUGAGCUCUUAGCUUUGUAUGGACUCAUUGAUCGUUUACAAACUGAGUUCGGAGAGUAGGUGACGCCAGAAAGACUGCGCCCCACACAAGAAGUGACGCCAGAAAGACCGUGCCCCACACAGGAAGUGACGUCAGAAAGAACGCGCCACAGCCAGCUUCAUAAUAAAGCGGUUUCGGAACUCUGAGCUAACCACUGGAAAUAUGAAGGCGAGUCAUCCAGACAUGUCGUGUUUCUCCUUCAGUCUGUACAGACACUUGUGGAAAUCACACAUGAAUACCUUAAGAGAAAGUGAUUGCAGCUAUUUGGGAUACAACACUUCUCAGGCGGCAAGAGAACUUUCGAAUGUCCAGGUCAGCUGUGAUUCUACUUACCGAAAAACUUUGUCCAUUUAUCGAAGGAAAGACAACGAGAAUGCGGGCUCCCGUGGAUGUGAUUAAAAAAAAGGUAGCGUGUGCUUUGUAUUACUUGGCCGUCGAGGGAAGACUACAAAUGUUUUUGGACUGGCAAAGCAGACUAUCAGUUAUUGUCCGGCAUGUAUGUCACGGAUUCAACGUCUAGGUCCAGAGUAUAUAAAGUCACCAAAAACGAAUGGACAAUGAAGGUGAAGGCAAAAGAGCGAGGAGUGUCCUGACCAGAUAUCUAGAUCCCUAGUUUGAUUGUUGUAAAAUGUUCUUUAUCACAUUGUGUACUUUCAAGUGUUUAUUAUAGAUGUGAUUAAUUUAUGAUGGCUCAGGUGUGAUUCACUACAAUAUGCCCCACAGCACACUGGAUUCCAGUACAUUGAAAUACCACAACACUGGAUAUUGUUCAGAUAAGUUCAAUUUAAGAACUUGCACACAAAGCAACACUGGAGAUGACUAUGACGUGUGCAUUUUCCGCGCAUGCGUACUAAGUUGCGUUGUGCCGGCGGACGGAGGGGGAAGGGGGUCUUAAACGGUGGCAUUGUUGUGUGGACACGGAUAAGGUUAGGUGGGAUGUACCCUGAAUAACUUUAUCCGGCUUAGUAAACGGGGCCUUAACUAGUAGCGCAGGCCCUCCCUGGGGGGCUGGGGGGGUUGUUAGAAGCAAUGGCAUAAUAGCGUCCUUAGUGUUAGUAAAUAACUAUCUUGACAUACUGUAUACAGUUAGAACAAAACUUCUGGGGGGGGCGUGAAAAAAAUUAUGUCCCUUAGGGUUGGCGUGACAGAAUUUAAAAACAAAUAUUUUUACAAAUUAGUACCCCCUAGGGCACAGGUGUCAAACUCAAGACCCGGGGGCCAGAUGUGGCCCGCCACUUCAUUUUAUUUGGCCCUCGAAAGCCUGGAAAUAUGUAUCAGUAGAGUACUGUAACUUUUCUUACUAAAUGUAUUUUUCUUUCUAUUAUGGGAGAAAAAAUAUAUAUGUACUCCAUGUAAUCGCAAAUUAUGUUAACUUAGAUAUUGUCUAAUUAUGCAAAAAUAUUUAAUCAAACAUUGAAACCAUUUUUUGAAUAGAAAUAAAUACUACUAAUAAUGAUUUCAAAGCAAGGUAUCCAUCAAAUUGUGCAAUGUAAAAGUAGCAAUAGAUUUCAUGUUAAUUGUGAAAAUUACUGUGGUUUUUACAGCAUUUUUCUCUAAAUGAAAAAAAAAACUAUUUUUUUUACUGUAAUAAACUGGUGCCGUUUUGGCAUUUACAGUAAUACACUGAAAAAUCUACAGUUGUUGAUUUGCAGUAAAAAGCAAACAAAAACUGGCAGCUCAGGUGUCAAAAUGUUACUGUAAAAUUGCAGUCAAUUUUAUUUACAGUGAAAAAAAUUUACAUUUUACAGUAAAAUUCUGGCAACUGAGAUGCCUUUUUUUUAACCAUAAGAAGAGCAGUACUCUUUCCGUUUACAGUAAUAUACACUAAAUUUUGAGAUGAAUGUAUUGCAACGUCACAUAUUUUGUUUACAUUUUAGUUAAAAAAAAAUCUACUAAAAAUGCAGUAAAAAAUUAUGUAAUAAUAGUAUUCACUGUUAGAAACGGCCCUCAGGGGCCAAACAUAACUGCGAUGUGGCCCUCAGUGAAAACGACUUUGAGACCUCUGCCCUAGGGGUCAUGUGGCGUACAUGAAUUCACGGAAAUAAAUCAGUUAUUAGUAGACAUCGGUUUUCUCACACAUUCUGGUGACUCAGUCUUCUUGUGUAUUCCAUGCGAGGAACUGUCAAACCAAGAUGUGUGAUGUGGCUGUUUUGCUGACUCACGCUCUUUGCAUCCUCUCAGCAUAUAAGAGAUAGGCGAGCGUGCCUCAAGGUGGACUUGGUCUAGAUCACAAUGUUCUCCACGGCUUAUCUGAGCGGCUUCCUGUGCGCCGCGGUUCUUCUCAUCGCCACGGCCGGUGACGCGGCGGAGAUUAUCGGGGGCAAAGAAGUGAGGCCACACUCGCUGCCCUUCAUGGCUCUGCUGGAGAAGAAAGUGCCAUCAUGUGGAGGAGUUCUCAUCGCUUUAAACUGGGUGCUGACCGCUGCCCACUGUAGUGGGAUCGAGAGGGUGCUGCUCGGUGUCCACGACAUGACAAAGACGGACAAGGAUCUCUGCCAGAAAAGAAAGGUCAAAGGCUGGUUUCCUCACCCUUGCUACGAUAAUAGUUCAAAGGUCAAUGACCUCAUGUUGCUUAAGCUGGACAGCGCUGUGAAGCCCACCAAGGCGGUAAAAGUUCUGCCGUUGUCGAGCAGCAACAAAGAUCCCUUGGCUGGCAGCAGCUGCAUGGCGGCCGGGUGGGGGUGGACCAGCAACAAAAUCAGGAAAAUGUCCAAAGUCCUCAUGUCCGUCAACGUCACCGUCGUGGACAGAGUCAAGUGCAACUCUCAAUACUACAACUUCAACCCCAUCAUCACCAAGGACAUGAUAUGUGCUGGUUCUGAUGGCAAAAAGGAGGCGGACACCUGCCGGGGGGACUCUGGUGGUCCGCUGGUGUGCAAAGGAGAUCUGGUCGGAGUCACUUCGUUUGGAUCUCUGAAGUGCGGCCAAAAACCUGGAGUGUACUCCUUUCUCUCAGCCAAGCAACUCCACUGGAUCAAAAACGUCAUGAAGAAAAACUGAAUACAAACUCUGCAUUUGGGGCCAUUUCAAUAAAGUACUAACA